UCCAACAAUCACCUCAAUUUGCCACCCCAACAUCAGCCCUCCCAUGAAACUCACAAUGUCUACAGGUUCUUCUUUUUCUUCUCCGACCCCACCAGCCUCCCCACCCAAGAUGACACCCUCAUCCACCGCCACCCACAUCCUCACCCUCCUCACCGAACACGGCGAAGCCGACUACAUCGGCGAGCCCAUCACCCAACUCGCCCAUUCCCUCCAAUGCGCACACUUCGCUGCCCUCCAAUCCCCUCACGACGACGAAUACAUCGCCGCCGCCCUCCUCCACGACAUCGGCCAAUUUCUGCCUGCCUCUACUCUCGCCUCUCUCACGACAUCUAUUCAAUCAAUGGACGGGAACGUCGGCCGUAUAGGCCACGAAGCUCUAGGCGCCUCAUACCUCCGCUCGCUGUCUUUCCCGCCCAAAGUAGUCGCGCUAGUCGAGGCGCAUGUGCCCGCCAAGCGGUUCCUAUGUGCGGUGGAGAAGGAGUAUUAUAACGCCCUGAGCUCAGCGAGUAAAGCGAGUUUAAGGUUUCAGGGCGGCCCGAUGAGCGAGGAGGAGGUGAGGGCGUGGAAGGAGGGGGAGUGGUGGGAGGAAAUGUGUCGGUUGAGGAAGUGCGACGAUGCGGCGAAGGAGGUGGAUCUGGAGGUGGCAGGGGUGGAGGCGUAUCGUGAGGUUAUUGAGCGGUGUUUAGAGGUCGGGAGGACGUGAUGGAGGCGCAAUUGGGUUUGUGGUGAUGGAAAUUUGCAUUUUUGGGGUUUGGAGGGAAUAUCGGGGUGCUUAAUGGGUCUACCGAGGGGUGCAUUCAAAAAGGGUGUAUUGGGUAGCUUUACGACAACCACCUCGACUCCGUCACCACUCUUUGACACUAACUGCAUGUUAUCCAUGCAAAACUAGGCUAUCAUUCUCCACACAGUGAUUUAGUGCCGCUUGAAGUGCGUCAAAUGAUUCUCGGCAACGUAAGGGAGGUUCGAUCUAUCACCGUAUCUGUAACUACUCAAACUAGGGAUUUCCUAAU